CAGAAUCUUUGUUGUAUUGCUCAUGCGCAGUAUGGACAUCAGACCAUGCUCGUCUCUUGUGCAAGAGGGACCUUUAAUGAAGUCGCUUAGCGUCGAAGGCCAUUUUACCUUUGAUAGGAAUGAGUUCGCAGCAAUGGAUUUUGGCAACCGGUUUCAUUUUCUACCUUCCGCAGUUCUUCACCCAAAGAACACAUUGGAUAUAGCAGCAACAAUAAGGCAUGUUUGGGAAAUGGGGCCUGGUUCAGAACUGACUGUUGCAGCUCGAGGACAUGGGCACUCACUCCAAGGCCAAGCACAGGUAUUGCAUGGAAUUGUGAUCAAUAUGGAGAGUCUCAAUGGGAAAGAAGUGCAGGUCUAUAGGGGACGACUGCCUUAUGUUGAUGUCUCUGCUGGGGAGCUCUGGAUCAACGUCUUGCAUGAGUGUCUGAAAUAUGGGUUGGCGCCCAAGUCUUGGACAGACUACCUGCAUCUAACAGUUGGGGGCACGCUCUCCAAUGCUGGGAUCAGUGGUCAGGCCUUUCAACAUGGCCCCCAAAUCCAAAAUGUACAACAGCUCGAGGUUGUCACAGGAAAAGGAGAAGUAAUAAUUUGCUCGAAGGAGAAAAAUGCUGACCUCUUUCAUGGGGUCCUUGGUGGACUUGGCCAGUUUGGUGUAAUAACUCGUGCAAGAAUAUCACUGGAGAGGGCACCGAAGAUGGUGAAGUGGAUCAGGGUGCUUUAUUCAGAUUUCAGCACAUUUGCUGAAGAUCAAGAACAAUUGAUAUCCAUGGAGAAUGCCUUUGACUAUAUUGAAGGUCUGGUGAUCAUAAACAAGACCGGUCUGGUAAAUAACUGGAGGUCUUCUUUUAAUCCAGAAGAUCCGGUACAAGCCAGCAAGUUCAUCUCAGAAGGAAGGACACUAUUUUGCCUGGAAUUGACAAAAAGUUUUAAUCCACAUGAGAUUAUGAAAGUUGACAAGGAAAUCAGGUCCUUGUUGUCUCAAUUAAGCUACAUCCGCUCAACACUAUUCGUUACAGAAGUUCCAUAUGUGGAAUUCUUGGACAGAGUUCAUGGAGCUGAACUAAAACUGCGUUCGAAAGGAUUGUGGGACAUUCCACACCCAUGGCUGAAUCUUUUAGUCCCAAAAAGCAAAAUACAUAGAUUUUCUGAAGUCGUUUUCGGCGGAAUUUUAAGAGACACAAAUAAUGGCCCAGUCCUCAUCUACCCUAUGAACCAAUCAAAGUGGGACAAUAGAACUUCUUUCGUGACACCAGAGGAAGACAUUUUCUACCUCAUUGCAUUUCUUCACCAUGCAGUACCCUCAUCCACAGGAAGUGAUGGAUUGCAAUACUUGCUAAGUCUAAACAACAAAGUGUUAGAUUUCUGCGAGAGGGAGCACUUGGGAGUGAAGCAAUACUUGCCGUACUAUACAACACAAGAAGAGUGGAGAGCUCACUUUGGUCCAAAAUGGGAAGUGUUUGCAAGGAGGAAGUCAGCUUAUGAUCCUCUUGCAAUACUUGCUUCAGGACAGAGGAUUUUCCAGAAGGGAGUGUCCAUUUUAUGAUAGAUAACUUCACUAAGAAACAAAGAACGAACUAUAACAUCCUCAGGAAGUUUGAAAGCUAGGAUUAGAUUACUAGCCACCUUGGCAGUGUUUGUUGAUUAAAAAAAAAAAAUGAUCUAAGUAUUUCCAUCUUUAUUGUUCAUCGUCACUCGUCAGUAACUGUAAGUAUGAAGGUGGGG